AUGUAAUAAUAAAUAUAAUAUUACUCUUGUGGAUCAGGAGGCUGUGGAUUAUUACUUUAAGAAACUCUUGAAGAUUUAAAUAUACCUAAAAAAUGUUAAUAAUUAAUCAAUAAGAAUUAGAAUGAUCUAAAAAUCAAAUUUAGUGGAUUGAUAGGAUUAAUUAAAGAAAAUGAUAAAAUAUUCAUAUAUGGAUAAUGGAUAUCAUUAUAUACAAUACCAAAAGAGAUUAACUAAAUAUAGAGUGUUUCUAAAUUUUCUUGUGGUUGGUAACAUUGUUUGAUCCUUACUGACAAAGGACUUUUUGGUAUUGGAUCAAAUAAAUUUAAUGAGUUGGGACUAGAGUUAAAAUAAAUAUAUGAAGAACCCUAAUAGAUAGCAUUUGAUCAUACUAAAAUUAACAACAUAACAUGUGGUUUUAGAUAAAGUUUUAUAAUUCAAGAUGAAUUAAUAUAUGGAGUAGGAUAAAAUAAGUAGAAUGAGUUAAAUAUUUUGAAUAUAAAAAUUGUUGAGUAAUUUACAAAGAUCAAUAUUCAAGGGAGUAUAAGGAAUAUAAAAUGUGGAUAAAAAUUUACAUUGGCAUUAUUAAGUAGAAUAUUGAUUCAUAUUAAGAUGAUAAUUCCCUAUAUGGAUGGGGAAGUAAUAGUUUUGGAUAAUUAUCAUAAGAAUCUCAAUUUUAAAUAUUAGAGUAAAAGGAAUUAAUGAAAGAUAUUUUAGAUUUUGAUUGUGGUUGGAGUCACCAUGUUAUUCUGACAAAAAAUGGAUAAGUUUAUAUUUGUGGAAGAGGAGAUUUAGGAUAAUAAGGAGAUAAUAAAAAAUAACAUAAUUAUAAUUAUUAAUUGAUUGAUUUAAAGGUGACAAAAGUUAAAUGCGGAUCAGAAUCAACAAUUUUAUUAAAUUAAGAAAAAUAAGAAAUAUUUGUUAGUGGAUGGAAUGAACAUGGAAAUUUAGGAUUAGGUCACAAUAAUAAUGUGUAUUAAUUUGAAAGAAUUGAAAUGAUAAAUUCAAUAAAAGCAAAAGGUGCUACAAUUCUGUUAUCAAAAUGA